GGCAGAGAACCCUGAUUCCUAAGCGAGGCCACUGCGUCUAGCGCAAGCAGAAAUAAGGCAUCCAACGCGCAUCGCGUGACUGGCGUCUAUUGCGGAACGAGCUAGUUCAAGAUCGGUCAAAGAGCUCUCGUUUCAUCGCCUGAAUCCUGUUCCGUGGAAGGCCAAGAGAGCGAUGCGGGACGACGCUGACAUGGAGGGUUCCGCGGAUGGACAGCCGGACGCGAAGGCUAGCACAUUAUCCCCGUUUGUAGGCCAAGUCAUGGUGCCUGGGGAUAUAGCGGUGGAUCUCAAAUCGGUCACGUCUUCGGUGCUCAGAAUCGGGCCGGGACUCAGACAGGAGGGCGACAUGGUGGUGGCUAUGAGAGCAGGACGACUGAAACCAGCAGGGAAGAGGAAGCUGUGGGUGGACUCCUCGGUCAAGCGGUACACGCCAGCAGUGGAGGAAGCCGUCAUUGGCGUUGUCAUUGAUAAACACAUGGAGAACCUCGAUGUGGACAUCAAGGGUCCAGGCCUUUCCAUCCUGCCAGCUCUCGCGUUUGAAGGAGCAACCAGAAGAAACCGACCUAACCUACAGAUCGGUCAGGCAGUUUACGCCCGAGUGGUCAAGACCCAUAGGGACGCCGACCCGGAGCUAUCAUGUGUCGAUGCCAGUGGCAAGGCGGCGGAGUUCGGUCCCUUAGUGGGCGGCCAUCUAUUUGACUGCUCCACUGGCCUCGCUCGUCUGCUCUUAGCGACACCAACAGCUCCUGUGUUGAAGGCACUUGAUGCAGCUGGCUUGGCGUUUGAAAUCGCCGUGGGACUCAAUGGAAGAGUAUGGGUGAAGGGGGAGUCGAUAAGGAGCACAAUCCUUGUUGCAAAUGCAGCCCAAAAUGCUGAGUUUCUUUCUGCUGUGCAACAGCGAGCAAUGGUGAAGGAACUAGUAAGGCUAUCAUCAUAAUGAGGCCUUCUUAGCUUAGGCUCCUCGAGUAAGGUUAUAUGUGCUGUAAAUUGCAUAAGAGCUUUCUCGCCCUCAGUGUAUCAUCAAAACUUUGCCCAUCAAAACCUGGGAGUCUCAGCUCCUGCAUG